GAGAGAGUGCCUUUUUAUUUCAACCCAAACCCCCCAAACAACCAUUUGCAGGCAGUGCCUUUUUACUUUAACCAUAUUUUCAUUUUCAAACCACAUUAAGGGGACUUACUCACAGUUGUGUGGACAUAUGUUCAGUGUUAUUCACAGCUCAGAGAAACGUGACCCUCUGCCUUCCUCCAGCUUGCAGACUAAUUGCGGCACACCACUUCCUGGUUUUAUAGUCCAUCCCCCCUGCCGCCAGCGGGGGCAGCAGAGAGAAUGGGGAAUUUUGUAAAAUCAUUAAUAUAUCUGUCAUUUUUCAUCGACUGGAAAAAUCCUCGGCACACAUGUGGCGGAGGGGGGCUCUGAGCGAGGUGGCCAAAAAUGACGGCCGUAGGUGGCGGCGUUCUCUCGGAAAUCGCAGCACAGAUGGCCAAAACCGGUCAAGAACAGACUUUUAGUAAUAUAGAUUACAUUAUAAACCUGUGCACAUUGCUCCUGUUUGCAGUGCAGUUGUGCACAAGGUGCAUGUGUAGAAUGCCUACUGUACACCCGUCCAUGGAGCAGGUAGGUUUGGUUUUGACCAGAGAAGCCUCGAGAACUGCAGCCUCCGCCCAGCCGUGCACAGUCCCGCAUGCCCCGACACCUUCUUCUGUCCCCUCUCUCCGCAGGUUCGCUGCCGAAGUGCAGGAGUUGCCAGGACUGCUCAGCGGACAAUGGCUGCCUGAGCUGCCAGCACCGCCUCUUCCUGCUGAUCAGGAGGGAGGGCAUCCGACAACACGGGGAGUGUAUGCACGUUUGUCCUGUGGGCCAUUACAGUGUGCGCGGCAAAGAUGCCAACCGCUGUCUCAGGUGCAAGGCCGCCAGUUGUGAAGACUGCUUCAGCCGAGAGUUCUGCAUCAGGUGUAGACCCGACCACUACCUACUGAAGGGGAAGUGCUACACAGCCUGUCCUAAAGGGUCCGCUCCAGAGGCCUGGCUGAUGGAAUGUGUGGAUGGUUGUGAGGUGGGGCCGUGGAGCGAGUGGGGUCCCUGCGUAAGGAGCCAGCAGACUUGUGGCUACAAGUGGGGGAUUGAGACCAGGACACGACAAGAGCUCUCGGCUUCAAUGAAUCGUUCGGAGCCCUGUGUUGCCCUGACGAUGUCGAGGAGGUGCAGAAUAAGGAGAAGACACUGCCCCAGGGGUAAAAAAACACGUAGACACAGAGGAAACAAAUGGAGGAAGAGGCAACUGGCCAGCGGAUGGAGGUCAGAGGAGGGCGGCAUCUCGUCGUAA